GUCCGCGAAAUGUUUUCAGGCAUUGCGGGAAAAUACGAUUUUCUGAAUCAUUUUUUGUCGGUCAAUAUCGAUAAACGCUGGCGCAGAUUGGUCAGAAAAAAGCUCGAAACGAUUUUGGCAAAUAAAUCUGCCGUCGUUUUGGACGUUGCCUGCGGAACGGGCGAUCUGGCGGUCGAACUCCAAACCAAUGCCGAGGCAAAAGUUAUCGGAACGGAUUUCUGCCGACCAAUGCUGUCAAUCGCUUUCGAUAAAAAUGCGAAAAAUGAUACUAAAAUUCCAUAUAUCGAAGCCGACGGAAUGAAUCUUUCAUUUGCCGAUAACAGUUUUGACGCGGUAACGAUUGCGUUCGGACUUCGCAAUUUUUCAAAUUGGCAGGACGGAUUAAAGGAAUUUCAUCGAAUCUUGAAAAAAGACGGAAAACUCGUGGUGCUCGAAUUUUCAACGCCGAUCUUGCCGGGAUUCAAGCAGAUUUUCAAUCUUUACUUUACGCAAGUUUUGCCGCGAAUCGGCGGCGCGGUCAGCGGUUCGCGCGGCGCGUAUGAAUAUCUGCCCGAUUCGGUUUCGCGUUUUCCCGACCAGAAAGGCUUGGCGAAUAUGUUUGAAGAAACGGGUUUUAUUGGGGUCGAAUUUCAAAAUUUAACCGGCGGAAUCGCCGCAAUUCAUUCGGGAAUAAAAUCUUAA